CGAUGCGGACAACCUCGGUGUCGUCGGAGCCCUGAUUCACCAGGAUGUCCUCAGCAUCGAUGCGAGGCUCACGGGGGCCAAAGCGCCUGGACACCCUGCGGAACAGGUUGUCCACCUGCAGUAUGGAAAGUAAUGGAGAGCCCUGCUCACCUCCUCAUCCACCAGUUUCUCGCCAUCCAUGGACAACUCUGAGAGGGGGGAGAGAGAGAAGGAGAAGACAAAACAAAACUUUGACGACUUUGCUGAUGAGGAGGAGGUGCAGUCCUUUGGCUACAAGAGGUUUGGAAUUCAGGAGGGUACAGAGUGCACAAAGUGUAAAAACGACUGGGCCCUUAGGGCGGCUAUUGCACUGCUCUAUGUGCUCUGUGCCCUGCUCACCAUAGCAGUGGCUGUCCUCGGAUACAAAGUGGUCCAGAGAAUGGACAAUGUCACAGAGGGCAUGCAGAAUUAUGGAGGCAAGAUCAACGCUGUGGAGACAGACUUGAAGAAACUUGAUGAUCAGGCAGGAGAGAAGUCAGUUAACGCCACAAGUGAAAUCAAGACUUUCAAGUCAGAUCUGGAGGCAUUACAGAGCCAACUGAAUGAUGUUGCUCUCAGGGCGACCAGAUACAGGGAGAUACUGGAUGAUCUUCAGAUCACAGGCGAUGACAUGCAAAAUGGCCAUGUCUCUCUGCAGGGUUUUCUGCAAAGCAAUACUGACUCACUGCGAGGGGUCAACCAGACCUUGGCUUCCUACAGCAGCAUGAUUGACGACCUCCAGACAGACACUGCACGGCUCCAAACAGAGAUACAGGGCCAGGUCAAAGUGCAGAGCCAGACCCAGGUUAGUGUCAGUGCGUUAAACAUCACCCAGUCCCAGCAGCGUAAUCUGCUCAGCACGCUACAGAAAACGGUUGAAGACGCAGGCCAGGCAGUGCAGAAAUUGAAGAAUGACUUUCAGGGUCUGCAGCAGACAGCCAGGCAAACCCGGGCUGACACAGAGUGGCUAAAGGAAAAGGUCCAGAACCUCCAGGUUUUGGCAGCCAACAACUCAGCCCUGGCCCGGUCUAAUGGAGAAGCUCUGGAUGACUUGGGGGCUCAGCUCAGCACGUUAGCCAGUCAGAUCCAGAACGCCUCAGCUCUCACUGAAGGACAUGACCAGAGCCUGCGUGAGUUGAUGGACCACCAGAGAGACCAUGAUAACACCACAUCAUCAAAGUUUGAUGAGAUGGAAGCACGUCUAGACAGACAAGAGAAUGACAUGGAUCGAGUUACUGGCAAUGUGAGUUUUGCCACACAGCUCCUCGGUGCCAUAAGCUCUGACCUGAAUGGCCUGAGGUCCUGCGCUGAGACAGUGAUGCUACAUACAGAUCUCUUGGUGGGGCUCAAUGGUAGUGUCACAGAGAUCAAGGCAGACAGCAAAGACCUCCACACCCAGCAAAAUGAGCUGACAGCCAGGUUGGACAGCGAGGUUAGAAAUCUCUCUAUGGUGAUGGAGGAGAUGAAGCUGGUGGACAGCAAGCACUCGCAGCUCAUCACCAACUUCACCAUCCUGAAGGGUCCACCAGGUCCAAGGGGCCCCAAGGGUGACAAGGGUCCGCAGGGACCAGUGGGCCAGAUAGGACAAAAGGGUGAUAAAGGAGACAAAGGGAUGCCAGGAUUGAUGGGAGUUAAAGGAGAGAAAGGUGCUGCUGGAAUGCCAGGUGCAAUAGGGCCAAAGGGUGCAUCCGGGCCAAGAGGUCUCCCAGGGGCUAAAGGGUCAAGGGGGCCUGGAGGCCGACCUGGAAGCCCUGGUGAAAAAGGUGACCCCGGGAUUCCAGGAAUCCCUGGUAGGGAUGGACAGCCAGGGAUUCAAGGACCACAAGGGCCGCAAGGGCCAAGAGGAGCAGCAGGACCUGCAGGGUUGGAGGGGCCUCGUGGGCCUGUUGGACCAAUUGGCCCUCCCGGUCCUCCAGGGCUACCGGGGAUUCCUGCGCCAGUACCUCCUCUACAUUCUAAUACUCCUCAGCUCACUCAGCCCACUCAGGUUCCUGAACCUCCCAAACCACCGCAACCUCGCAAGCCAGCGGUGGAACCAGAAGGCACAGUGUCACGACAGGUCCAGCCCCCUGCAGGCACAACUCCAACACCUGGUUGCCCACCUGAGUUUCGAAAGUUUGGCGACAGCUGCUAUUACUUCUCCUCUGGUUCGCUGAGACUCAACUUUGACGAGGCCUACCAGUUUUGUACUAACAUGUCAUGUCAUAUGCUCAUUAUUAACGACAAUGAGGAACAGCAAUUUGUGAGAAAUACCAUUGCAGGAAAAGGUUAUUUCUGGCUGGGCCUUACUGACAGGGAGGAGGAAAAUGUCUGGAAAUGGGUGGAUGGAACGAUACCUGUUUUCAAGAAAUGGAAGCCUGGCCAACCCGAUAACUGGACGCAUGGUCACGAAGAAGGCGAGGACUGUGCCGGUUCAGAUCCAGAAAAAAUAAAAUAACAGAGGAAGGCGAAAUCUGUUGUUGUCAAUACGCCAGCAAUGCCUCUCUUCACGACAAACCCAUUUGACCAAGAUGUUGAGAAAGCAACCAGUGAGAUGAACACAGCUGAGGACUGGGGCCUCAUCCUGGACAUAUGUGAUAAGAUAGGACAGUCACGUACUGGGCCUAAAGAAUGUCUCCGCUCUAUAAUGAGAAGAGUGAACCACAAGGAUCCUCAUGUGGCCAUGCAGGCGCUGACUCUCCUUGGUGCCUGUGUCUCAAACUGUGGGAAGAUAUUCCACUUGGAGGUGUGCUCCAGAGAGUUUGCCAGCGAAGUCAGUAAUGUCUUAAACAAGGGCCACCCCAAAGUGUGUGAGAAGUUGAAAGCCCUCAUGGUGGAGUGGGCAGAGGACUUCCGCAAUGAUCCCCAACUCAGUCUGAUCUCCGCUAUGAUCAAGAAUCUACGUGAGCAGGGAGUCACGUUCCCAGCUGUCGGGUCACAGGCUGCAGAGCAAGCAAAAGCAAGCCCUGCUUUAGUGGCAAAGGAUCCUUCCACAUCAACAAACAAAAAAGAGGAAGAAGAUCUGGCCAAAGCUAUCGAGCUGUCACUGAAGGAGCAACGUCAGCAGCCGCAGGCCUCGCUGUCGAGCCUUUACCCAAGCACCUCCAGCCUGCUCUCCUCACACAAGUCGGACGGCAGGAAAGUCCGUGCCAUCUACGACUUUGAGGCUGCCGAGGACAAUGAGCUCACUUUCAAGUCGGGAGAAAUCAUCACCAUCCUGGACGACAGUGACCCCAACUGGUGGAAAGGGGAAACAUACCAGGGAAUUGGGUUGUUCCCCUCUAACUUUGUCACAGCUGACCUCACUGCAGAGCCUGAGAUGAUGAAGACAGAAAAGAAAACAGUACAGUUCAGUGAGGACAUCCAGGUGGAGACCAUAGAGCCUGAGCAGGAGCCUGUAUACAUAGACGAGGAUAAAAUGGACCAGCUACUUCAGAUGAUCCAGAGUGCAGAUCCUACAGACAACCAGUCAGACAGCGUUGAGUUACUACAGCUGGAAGGUGCCUGCAAUCAAAUGGGACCCCUCAUCGAUCAGAAGUUGGAGGAUAUUGACAGGAAGCACUCGGAGCUGUCAGAGCUUAAUGUAAAGGUGAUGGAAGCUCUGUCUUUGUAUGCCAAGCUAAUGAAUGAAGAUCCAGUUUACGCCAUGUAUGCCAAGCUGCAGAGCCAACAGUACUACAUGCAGCAGCCUGCCAGUGCAGGACAACAGGUGUACCCUGGUCAGCCUGCAUCAGGUUCUUAUGCCAUGAGCGGUACUGCUGUGCAGGGUUAUGCUGUCCCCAUGGAGCAGCUACCGGCUGGAACACCUUUACCUGGUCAGCCAGCCCCCAGUGACGUUCAUAUGUACAUGGGCCAGCCGCCAGUAUACACUGCAGCUCCAGGCAGCAUGGCCCCAGCAGACGUUCAGUCCUACCAGAACCCCACAACCGCCCCUGGUCCCGUCCCAGGCACAACUCCCGCAGGCAUGACGCAGACGCCAAACUACAGCGCGCCGUCUGGCCCGAGCAUAGCACCUUCCUCAGACAUCUCACAGGCUCCUUACUCAGAGAAAGCCUUGCUAUAGGGCCCCCCGAGCUCACUGUAAUCCACAUGCGUACACCGACACCAGACCUGAUCAGAUAGUGGUCGUAGAAAAAUUCUUUUAUGAUCUUAUGAUUAGUUUUAUCACCAGAUGGAUGGAGAGAUUCAAAUAGAGUAGACUAACCUUGGCAUUUGACACUAUUAAAUCUGAAUGAAUAUACAGUUACGCUUCUCACUCCGGGUUUAGAAGUGAUCAUGAGGGUUUGAGCGGCUCACUCCAAGCCACACGUGGUCUGUAAAUGGACACUGUGUUCUUUUAGGACUGUAUUUAAUAAUUUAUUAUUCUUCAUUUACACUCUCCUCCUUCAUGUCUUUUACACCACGUGGCUGUGAGGACAUGGAGGAGCUUUCAGUCACACUGUGAUCAUCUGUUGUACUUAUUUAAGUUUCAGUCUUCUUGUAAGCCUGAUCACUUCCAAAUCUAGAUCUGAUAGCAAUAUAUGCAUUUUCAUGUACGAGACCUGACCUGUUUUGCUUCCUUUUUAUAACAGGACUAUUCACAAAUUAAUUGUGGUAAUGCUUUAUUUUAUGGGUGUGUAAUUUUAAAUAAUUUCCAAGGAAGUUUCGUGGGAGGAGACAAAGGAGAUGGGAAGUUCUUUUAUUUAGACUGUAGGUGAGGUGAAUAUUUAAAUGUUUUACAGAGUACUUACCUUCAAAGAGAAGCUUAAUUUGAACCCAAGUAAAUAUUAAUACAUCAGUCAUUUAUCAGUGGAAACGUUAUUCUUCAUAGUGGGCAUGUAUUUGGAUGUUAAGUCAGACUUCGAUGUACUGGUUUAAGCCUUUGCGGGUGACACCCGCAUGACCCAUUAAUUUGGAUUAUUUAACUGGAAGUGAAUUUAACUCUUAUAAUUUACUUAUUAGUAUCAAAUCAUAAUACCAUGGAAACUUCCCUGGAAAUUACUCAGACUCUUUAAAUUAGGCGUUACCAAAAAGAAAACAAGUGUAACAGAAGUCACUGCAACCUAAACACAAAACAUAUAUACAAUUACUAUUUGAUCAAGUGUGAAAUUCACACAUGCGUUCCUUCAACAUGCACAGUGGAGCUACACACACACACACACACACAAAAACAAACAAUAUGUAGACACACUACAGGCAGGUGUACCGUAGUGGACGUACACACACACACACAAAUAAUUACAGCAGUUGAUUCUCACAUCCUCAGCAGUAUGUGUUAAUUUACUUUAACCCACACACUAACGUAGAGAAAUCCACAGCACACCACAGCCCUCCGACCCACUCAAGCCAACCGCUAACCACGUCACAAAGCAAAGAUGGCGUCGACUCACAUUUACCUUUCAUCCUUUUUUGCUUUAACUAGGAAAAAGACUUUUAACGAUGUUGAAAACGUUAGUUUAACACAUCCUGUACAUGUUGUCAACUUUUAGAAGUAUUGAAAACUGAAGCCACUUUGUUUUUUUUUUUUAUUAUUAUUUUUGCUGUUUUUUGGAGGGAAAAGAAACCAGAAUAACUUAAGCAUGCACAUGACUCUUGUAUAUACUGUAUGAACUAAGUAGUGGAGCCACAUGAAGACCUCAUCAUGGGUGGGCUGUAUGUUAGCACAGCUCCAGGUGUUUCUCUCAGCCUUUAAGGUGAACUCUGCAGCCAUGAUGUCCCUGCUGAAUUUAAGGUGUAAAAGCCAAAGAGAACAAACUGAAAAAAAUGCUCACAUGCCAGAAAACAAGAUAUGUUUUGUUUUGUUUUUUUUGUUUUUUUCUUUUCUUUACAUAAUUGACUCCUUACUUCAUACUGCAGAGUUUUCCUUUACAAAAUGAGCAGCUCGAGAUCGUUGCUGGUGGUUGUAGGGUUUGGUCCGUCUCAGUUCAGGGGCUGUACUAACAAACUCGUACCACACGCUUGGCUACUAACGGGGCGAACUCUUUGAACGUCCUCAGUGUCUUUAAAGCAACUCUUUAGUCAGUGUUGAAAAAUAAAUAUGCUUUUUUUUUUGUAGUGUGUUUUAAUUUAUGUUUUGAUUAUUGUUAUGCUAUUUUAAAUGGAGAAACAGUGCAGGAUGUAUGUAUUCAGAGAAAGGCAGGACGUGAUAUUCUGCCUGACUUAGUUGUAUAUUUAAAUCGCUCACAUGAGAACAUGGACUUUUCUCUCUGUGUUUGAUACAUGCUUAUUGUACUGUAGGGUCAAAUGGUAAUGUGAAGAAAACUGAUCGAACCUCCCCAUGAAUCUCCAGCUUGUCCUCUCUCGGAGCCGUCUAACACUAAAACAAAUUCUACCUGAAGCAGAACUGAAAUACGAUUCCUACGAUUCUGGAAAGUGCAGUCAGGAUUUAUAAACACGUCUUUCCCGAGGUCUCACUAAGCUAUCAUUUACAGCGACUCUUUGAGGCAUUUAAGAUCCAAAUAUUGUACCGUACUUUACAUACUUCUCACUUCAUACUUACACUACAUGUUAAAAGUCUUUGGGAAAGAGUUGAUGUUUACAAAUGCUGAUUGGAUUGCAUAGAAGCUUAUCCGUUGUUGUGUAAUCUUGAAUGAUGCUACAUGAAGGAAUUACAAGCAGUUUUAUAUGUGUGAAACUAGAUUUUGCAGUUGCAGGGAAAUUGGUGUGUUGAUCAUUUCAGCUUCUCCUGAGAUGUUUCAAAUUUGCCCCUUGCUGUCCCCUGUGCCCCCUUUAACAUAUAAAACAAUCCAUGUUUUCUGGUACCUGGUACUUUGCAAACAAGAGGCUGUUUUAUUCUCCAGAACUUAAUCUUUAGCAUAUUAAUGUAAUUUUUUUUUUGUUUUUGUUUUUUUUUUUUUUGCUGACAUCAGCUAACCGCAAGAGUGAAAUAGUUUUGACCCAUGGGAUGUAAGAGGGCUGGAAAAAAAAUAAAUAAAUUAAAAAGUAGCAGCUAUUUUGGGACUACGAGACCAGGAGCCAGUUGAUUCUAAACAUCUUGUUGCACCACAGUGUUGGACUGCAGCCCCGAUGUAAGUUUAUUGCACAGGAUUGAGAUGCUGCCUGUUUUUAAGUUUUAAAACAACAUCUUUAUUGUAAAGUUUCUGUCUAAACUUGUACCCUGCUGUUUGUAUGUAUUCUUUUAACCAUACUUAUUAAUUGGUAUUCACAAUAAAACCAGGCCAAAUGUACAGAAUA